AUGUUUCCCCCAAAAGUUGUCCUCCUUCUAGUCAUCCUCAGCGCCCCUUUGACAUGGGGGCAACGGAACAAGAAGCCACCGCCACAAAACCCCAUCGAUAAAAUACAAUCUGUGACUAACUUUGACAUCAAUAAGUUUGCAGGGAAGUGGUAUCUGCUGUCUGUUGCGUCCGAGUGUAAUUAUCUGAAAACCAACAACCAUCGUGUGGAGGCCACACUAAUCAAAGCAUCCGCUUCCAAGACCUACCAAGGAGUGGAAGUCUUGUCCAUCAGCACAUUCAGAGAGCUGGACGGCAUUUGUUGGGAGAUUAAACAUGCUUAUGAGACAAAGAAGAUCAAGGGUCGAUUUAUAUUAAAAGCAAAGGGGUACCUGGGGCAGGUGGAUGUGGUGCUAGCAGAGACAGACUACCAGAACUACGCCAUAUUGUAUUAUCAGCGGAGGAACAAGAUCACCUUGAAACUGUAUGGACGGAAGACAACAGCAACGAAUGACAUCUACAGGAAGUUUGAUGACCACGCCACGAAGCAGGGUAUAGAGCUAGAAUACAUCUAUCCAUUCCCAGCAUACGGUUUCUGUGAGACUGCAGAUCGGUUCCACAUUCUUAACGGUAACAUUUUGUGA